GGGGGAUGGGAUACACACACGGAUGUGUUGAGGGUGAGCUCACCGCACACGGAUGGCAUGGAUGGCCAGGCCACCCACUGACUAGAGUUUUGCUUGCCAGUACUCGUCCACCGAGUCCGGACAGUUGGCGCAGUUGCUCUCGGGCUCCCACGUCGACGGCCACACUGAUGGAUGACACCACACCACAACCGUCCGAUGGAUCGAUGCAACACAGCACAAAGCGUGUGAUGUGAUGUGAUGUGAUGCAUGUCGUGUGUAGUGACUCACUCACUGACCUUCUCCCUUUUUGCCUGGUUUCCACAUGACGUUGAACUCGAGGUUGCCGCGGCGGUCGUACCUGUGGCCCACGAUCUUGAGCACCUCCCACUCCUCGUCACCAUCGCUAUCCUCAUCUGUGUCAUGGUCCAAAUCCACCACCUCCUCCUCGAGCUUGACCUUCUUGGCCUUCUUGCGGGCUGGCGACCCCUUCCUCUUGAACCCCCCAUGCUUCACCUGGGCCCGCCCACGACCACCACCACCCCUGCCGGUCUCUCGGCCCCUCUUGGUGCCCUUUUUGCUGAGCUCGAGGCUGCUGUCGCGUGAGGGCCGCUUGGCCAUGCUCUUGGCUGCACCGUGCACGCCCAUCUCUUGGCAUUCAGCCAGUGUCAGGUUGGUCGGGCCCAGACCACCACCACCACCACCUCUACCUUUCGACACGCGGGGGGUCCUGCCCCUGCCCCUGCCCCUGCCAAGCACCUUGGCCCUCGACUUCGGGGUCGGGCCGGUCUUCAUUCGAACCAUCCGCACGAUGCCCCCAUCGCCGGAUGAGUCGUCGUGGCCAUCGUCCGCAGCCGCCUCUUCUUCUUCUGGCGCUGCCGCUGCCGCUGCUGCUGCUGCGGCGGCGGCGGCAGCGGCGUGCACGUGACGAGAUGUCGCCUGUGUGGGGGUCUUGGAUGUGAUGUGGAGUGUGGCGAUGAUGGCGUUGCCGCCGCCGGUGACGAUUCUGCCGUAGGUGCGGGUGGUCUGCCGGGCCUUCUUCUCGAGCUCUCUGCGUGCUGCGGCCUGGAUGGCGUCUGCCUCGUCCUGAGACUCGAUGAAGGCACCCACGGGGAGGGGGGCGGCUGCACGCGGGGAGGGGGAGGGAAGGUCGUCACGCCACACCAUGCGAAGCGGGCGGUUCCGACCCUGACCAACACAGACAGCACAUCAUGAGCAUCAAUCAAGUCAGCGGAUCCGUGCGCAUCGCAUCCCUCUCUCUGGCCUGGCUGGCUGCUCACUCACCUCGCGCAUUUGGUUCUCAGCCUGGAGGAACGGCGGCCCCGUGAACAGCUCCCCGUCAAUCAUCCCACAUAUCGAAGUCCCCGCCCUGAUCGACUCAGCGACCUUCUGCGCGUCCCGCUGUCCGCCCCCCAGCGCAUUGCCGAUGACACGCAGCCGCCCCGACUCGGUCAUGCAGAUGGUGGCCCCCUCGCACAGCCACACACGGCUGAUGCGGUCGGGGUCGCGCCGCACGCGGACACUGACAGGCUGGAAUUGUGGGUCGGGCAUGUUGGACUGCUCGGGUGGGUGUGAGGCGACGUUGUUGCUGCCGCUGCUGUCUUGGGUGUUGGGGGGGCUGGGCUGAAGGGGCAGAGGGUACAGAGAGACGCCGUAGAGCUGCUCGACCUCGCGCCGGCGGGCCUCUUCCAGCUGACGCUCGGCCGAGAAUGGUGGUCUUCCUGCAGCAGAGGAUUCCAUCCUGCAGGCAGGCAGACAGACAGACAGACAGAUGGGCCGGGCACAUUGGCAAAUGAUGCGUGAGCGUGGAUACCCUACCCUACCCGAAUCGGUCUGUGGUGGGGUUGGCGAUGUGUGCGUGUUUCCACCACUCGGGGUUGGCGAGGCCAUUCAGCUCAUAGGACGCAGACAUGUUGCCCAAGGAAAACUGCGACAGACAGACAGACAGACAGACAGACAAAGUGCAGUCCAUGGAGAAAGGGCCGGUCGGUCGAUGAGGCACACGUGUGGCGCACCGUACCUCGCUGGUGAAGUGUGGUGUCCAUUCGAUGGGCUCGGGGAUGUACUGCCGCCAAAGCUGCCGCGCCUGAUGGUCGCCUGCAUCAACAGACAGACAGGCCGGACGGAUGGCAGGGCCGGGGCAAUGGUGUUUGUUGUGUUUGUGUUGCUCACCGUACCGUUCCACUCGUAUAUGAUGCCGUCCUUGGUGACGGCAAUGCACUCGCUGCCGACAGCCGCUAUGUCACGCACGAGCCGGCCAAGCCCCUCAACGAACAGCGGACCCUUCACCUGCACCGCACCCAGCAGACAGACAGACAGACAGAGCGACCAACACACACAAGCGACGUGACGUCAUUGAGCUCACCCACCCCACCUGGAUCAUCUUGGCUUUGAUCUUGCCGCUGGGGUAAUGGCUGGGUGUCUUGGAGCCGCCGUCCAUGUCAGGCCGCCACUGCCACACGUGGCCAUUGGCCAAGAGCACCACACCUGUGUGCGCCUUGGGGCCACACACCAACUGACACACACACACACACACACACACACAGAGAGAGAGAGAGAGAGAGAGAGCGAGAGCGAGAGAGAGAGAGAGAGAGACUCUAAAUGCCGCCCGCCCCAAGCUUGUGUUGGUCGGUCCUUCCUCUUACCACCCCUCCCCCCACCCCGCCGACCUUCUCCGGAGGUGAUGGGAACCUGCGGAAACGAAUGUAGACAUCUGGCCCCUUGACGAACAGCGCCAUGUUGGAGUCAAUCUUCUUGGGGUCCGCCUCGCUCAUCCUGAGGCCCGUCCUGGGCUUGGCCAGCACCGCCAUGCUCGGCUCGGUGCGGGGCGGCUCCUCGGUGAUGUCGGGCAUGGACAGGGAGAGGGCGAACGCCGGGACGUGCACCUCUGCGCCGCUGUCCGGUGGGCGGUGAGCGAAGGGGUUGGCGGCCAUCUUGAACUCCAGGUCGGUCUUGGUGACGUGUGGCUCCGUCACGGGCUGGUCCAGGUGGCCCGAGGUGUAAUGGACAUCACCUGUAUGGGGGAAGGACAGACAGGGGCAGAGAGUUAGAGAUAGAAAUAGAGAGUUGGGUCCAUUCCCCGUGUGUGUGAUUGUGACAUUGCAUACCCUUGCGUGAGAUGCCGGCUAUGAAGAACCUGUCGGGCAUUCCUGGGGGGGCGUCGAGUGCGCUGCCUGCGAUGGUUAUGGUGGUGAGAUCCAGCUCGCGGAAGCCCUCAAUCUCCUCCCAGCAGUUGCAGCCAUCGAUAACGUCGUCAUGACUGUGAAGGAAAGGACAAACAGACACAUCAGCAUACAUAGCACCCACACUUGUGUGUGAGUGGCUAAGUGGCGUCGCCUGGUGUAUGCUGCGUACCUCUGGCGCCACAAGAAGACCUGGCUGGUGGACAUGAGCACGGCGACGUGCCAGCGCGCCACAGCGAUGUCCCGGAUGCCCACUCCAGGCUGGCAGGGCAGGGAGUCAAACAUGACCGUGUCUUCCAGAUACACACAACCGCCCGACAGGCUCUCGUCACCCUGAAGGACAACAAACAGUACAUGAGUCACACACAGGUCUGCUGUGUGUGGCCCAUCUGUCUGUCUGUCUACCUGCCCCGUCUGAAGCGCAGAAUGAAGCGCGUGGGUCCGAAACAGCGGGCCGCAGGCCAGGUAACGCUCAGUGACCUCUGAAGCAAGGAGCAACACACACACACACACACACACACACACCGAUCCAUCCAUCCAUCCAUGUGUCCUUGUCGUACCGUCCUCCUGUUUGCGUGGCCGUCCCCGCUUCUUCUGAGGAACAGCGGCCCUCUUAGACCCCCCGGCGGGCACCAGCCGCCGCGCCUGGAGCCCACCCCCACCGCCAUUCCCACCCAGCCUCAUCAUUCCGACGCCCAUUCCCAAACCGCCCAUGCCCUCGUCGAAGCCGUCGAACAUCUUGAGACCCUCACGGUCGUGGGUCCCCUCAUGCGUCAUGCCACCCUCCUCACUGUCACCACGACCCUCACCCCCUCCCUCUCCCUCUCGGUCUUCCUUGUCACCGCCGAUGAGAUCCUGCAGCCCAUUGCCCCGCACCACCUGUUGGUGUCCGUUGGCGGCGAUGUUGGUCUCGUUGCCGAUCGACGACGGCAGACCUUCAUCGUCCACGGCCAUGCCGCUGUCCUCCUCCUCCUCCUCUUCCCCUCCCCCCUGAUGAAUCUCAUCGUCCUCCUCGUGAGUCACAGGUGGGGUGGGGAGCUGCGGUGGGCCAGCAGCGACCGCUGCUGCUGGUGGGAUGGCUGCCGCUGCAGCAGCUGCUGCUGCAGCGUUGUGAGGUGGGACUGCGUCGACGAAGGGAGGUGAGACCUCGGUGGGUGGCGACUGCUGGUCACCGCCGGAAGGGCCGAUGAUGCCGGGGGAUGGUGCGGCAGCACCCAUGCCGCUGUCACCCACGCCGUUCGCCGCCUGCAGCGACCAAAAGGCACAAAGAGCAAGUCAGUCACGUGUCUGGUGCGCACGUGUCUGUCAUCAUCUCUCCCCACCUGCAUGCCAUUGGCUGCAUUGCCAUCGCCUUGGUCGUCUGUGUCGUGGCCUGCCGCAUCGCCAUUCAUCUGGGGUGCGUCGUCGUCCAUGCCGGCCGCCGCAGCUGCCACGGCAUCGGACUCGUCGUGUGGCUUGUUGCCGGCUGCAGAUCUCGUCGGAUGGGCGUCGCUAUCCAUCUCGGUCAGAUCAACCUGGUACAACGAGCAGACGGGACGAUGCGCAUGCUACAGAAGGGCGACUGAAGGACGCUACUCUUCCUG